AUGGCGCAGGUAUCCUCUCCGGCGGGCGUGACGAUCGUAGUCGUUGCCGUUGCGGCAACCUCGUGGCUCAAGCUCCGCGAGUGCAGGGGGAAGGCCAGCGAGAUUGCAGAGCUGUACCGGGUCAACGAUGCCCGUGUGGCUGUUGUAGACAUCAAAGAUGUGAUGAAUCUGUCCUACAUCCGUGCAACUCUCUCUCAGCUGAUCCACGGCGGGAAACCCGCAAGAAUAGUCAAUAUCAGCUCGGUGGUCGCGCACCUGUAUCCCGUUGGCCUCUCGGAUUAUGCGUGCAGCAAAACUGGACUCAACGCUCCGCAUCACAACCUCGAGGCGGAAACGCGACGCUUGGGGUAUGAUAUGAGGACUCGCUUCUUCCUCGUGGAGGUCGGGCAGAUGCAGACGCCCUUGUUUAGCUGGAUCAAACCCCCAAAUUCUGUGCUCGCGCCUGUUCUUGAGCCUGCUUACGUCGCACAGAAGAUCUAUGAUGCGGUAAAUAUCGGAUCAGAUGGUGUUAUUCAGUUACCAAAGUAUGCUUCUUGA